AUGCUUAAAAUAUUAAACAUAUCUUUUUUCACAGAUGAAUUUUAUUGGCAAAUUAAAGACGAUGAGAUUGCAGAUGGUUAUCCACGACGAAUUUCCGAAGAUUGGGGUGGUCUACCUGGUUAUGUGGAUGGUGCUUUGACAUGGUCUGAUGGAAAAACUUUCUUUUUCAAGGGUGACAAAUAUUGGCGGUUCCGAAAUAAACAAAUGAAUUCUGGCUACCCUAAACAAAUUAGCGUUGGUUUCGAGGGUAUACCUGACAAUAUUGAUGCCGUUUUCGUGUGGAGCGGUAAUGGGAAAACGUAUUUUUUCAAGGGUGAUAAAUAUUGGAGGUUUGAAAGUCGUAGCGACCCACCAGUUAGUGAUCGAUAUCCUAGGCCUAUUAGUAACUGGGAGGGUAUCCCGAAUGAUAUUGAUGCUGUCUUCCAGUGGAAAAAUGAUCGAACAUACUUUUUCAAAGGAAUCAGUUACUACCGUUUUAACGACCGAACUUUCGCU